GUUUAUUAGAUGCACGUUUUUAUAUUAAUUUUACAAAGAAAUUCAACAUAUAAUUUGAUGUUUGAUCAAGAUGAUUACACCUAGGUUCCAGCUAACUCAAGAUGAUAAAUCCCUGACAAUACAAAUCAGAGCUCCUUAUUGUUCUCUACGAGAAUUACAAGUGGAAGUAGAGGACAAUGUAUUUUUAUUUUUCUGCAAACCUUACUUCUUAAGAUUAUUCCUGCCAGGUAAAUUAUUGGAUAAUGACAAUUACAAAAGCUCUUUCGAAUGUGAUUCAGGCGAAUUUUCGUUUACAUACGACAAGGCUGUGCAAGGAGAACAUUUUGAAGACCUUGACUUUAUAACAAAGUUUCUUGUGAGUAAAGUAGAAACUAGUUACGAAAAUAACAAAAAGAUUCUGGUUAUUGAUAACGAAGCAAAAUUAGAUAACGAUGAAGAAUUAUCCGAAGGAUUUGGUUUUGCUUUGAUGGGUCAUAAAAAUUUUGUAGUGGUUAGUUCUGAAUUCAGCGAUGUUUUUGAAAUAGAUCCUAACGAAGUCAAUUUGAAAGACAGGCGGAAGCUGAGGUUACAAUUUGAACAAGGGAAAUUUGAUAUGGGUCAUUACUUAGCAGAUUUUAUAGAAAACGAAGAAAUUAUAAGCCUAAUAGAAUUGAAGUCUCCUUGGAAUGCACUAGAAGACAGUGAUAUUACUUUUGAUACUAAAGAAUUGGAUUUUUUAAAAGAUUUACCAAACAUAGAAUAUAAAUUAACUGAUCUGCAAAUAAAGUAUGUUUACCAUGGACUGAUAGAUAUUUUAUAUGCAUUUUGUUAUGAUGGAAGAACUACAGAUUAUGAUAUUAACUCAGAGUCUGGUUGGACAAUAGUCAAACUAGCUGCAACUUUAUGUUGGUUAGAUGUUUUUGAUCAACCCAAAGAAGCUCUAAUAUCAGCAUUUAGGAGAAGUAUUACCUAUCCAUUGUUUAGAAACUUCGAUCUUAGUUUAAAAGUAUUAGAAGACCUAAAAAAGCUGCUAACAUUAAAUGAAAAGUAUAUUAUUAAAUGUCUUAUUCAAAUUUAUUAUAUCUUCCUUGGAGGCGACUGUUGUAGGUAUAUCUUAAAUAAUUUGUUUAUAAAAGACUAUAUUAUUUACAUUAUGAAUUGGGAUAGAAAUAAGUGGAGAGAUUUUGUUAAAGAAAUAAACUCCAUGGAAAUAAAAAAAGAAGAUUUGGGUCUGAAUCUAAGUGAAAUAGAGCAAGGCUUUACAUUAGAAAGUAAAUUGGAAAAUCUGAAGAUUUCUGUCGCAAGUGAUGAUAGUGACGAUUCUUCAGAUUCAAGUGAUGAUGACAGUAGUAGUGAGACGGAAACAGAAUCAAGUAGUGAGGAUAACAGUGACAUAGAAAAAUCUAGAGUGAUAAUUGAAACUGUUUUAUAAAUGAUUCUGUAUUUAGGAUUAAAAUUAUAUUUUUUUAAAUGUAUUUUAAGUUAAAAUUGUUACUAUGUAACUUGUUUACUCAAACAAGUGCUGUAGUUAAUUAUUAUUUUAAUUAAUAAAACAAUAACUAC